UACGUGCACGACAUGGAAACGCCUAUAGCCCAGGUUCAAAGUGCGUUUGCCUCCGUACAUUAUAGAUAGGACGACCGGUGUGUCCGUGCAGGCACACAAACUAAGUUUUGUCAUGUACUUGUACCAUGCGUUACAUACAAGUUACUACACAUAUAGCUCCAUGAUUGAUUGUACCCUAUCCUAGCCCGGCACGUGAUGCAUAACGAUUUUUAUACUGAAUCGGUGUGGGACAGUUUCCCUUUCGAUUGAUUUUGAAAAGGUAUUUGUGUAUUGUGACGGGGACUUUCCCAUUUUGAAACACGAUGGCAGAUGUAGCAACCACUCAGUUAAUAAGCAUCAGUAAGACAUCCCUUGUGUGCUCCAUCUGCAAUGGGAGAUACAAGGAGCCCAAACUCUUGCUGUGCUUGCACAGCUUCUGUCAAAAAUGCCUGGCUGAGAAGUUUAAACCUCAAACAGGUUUUUCUCAGCGACGUACGUGUAUUGAGUGCCCCAUCUGCGAAGAAGAAACUGACAUCCCUGAUAACAACGUUGCCAACCUGAAAACCAAUUUUCACCUUGUUGGCUUGAUUGAAGAUGCCCGAGUCCAAGAGGAAGUGUUGCAAAAUACUUCUCAAAGAAAGGCUUUGGUUUGUGAGGCUUGUGACCAAAAGAACAGAGCAGUGUCACGAUGCCUUGACUGCAGCAUGUUCCUUUGCAAGCACUGUCAGACAGCUCACCGCCGCAUUCCUGCAUGUUCGCAGCACAGAGUUGCUGCAUUGGAUGACCUGACUUGCGGCAAGAAAGCCCAGGCUGUCAAGAAGCAGCAAGGCCUGGCAGGAUGCAGCAAACACCCUGGUUGCAGAGAGCGAAGCGGUAUUUACUGUGAAACUUGCAAGGAGUUACUGUGCAAAGAGUGUGUAGCUCUUAAACUUGAAAGAAGCGGAACCAGGAAUGUUCAAGAUUGUCAUCCGAACCAUCAGUCCAGCAGAGUAGAAUCCGCUGCUACCAAGAAGAGAUCGGCAGUGAGACAAAUGAUAUCCCAACUUGGGAAUCAAAGACUAUCCGAGUUCAAAUCUGCUGCCCAAAGCAUGGUGACCAAAGGCUCCGACUUUGACAAUCACACUUUCCAACUAGAGCAACAGGUCAAGAGAUUUGCCAACAAGGUCCGUGUGGACAUUUGCGCAGAGGAAGCAAGUCUCCUCCAGACCAUAUCCAAAAUACGUCGGGACCAAGCAAAAAUCUUGGACAACUGUGGGGCAAAGAUGAACACUGCGAUCGAAUGCAUGCUUGAUGCCACUGAAGCAGCGCAGGAGAUUGUGGACAGUUCAGAAGAUGGUGAUUUCCUUAUGUUGUGUCCUCUAAUUGAAAAAGGCUUGGAGAGUCACAUAAACAUGAGGCCUGAAGAUAUUUUUCAAGGGUUACCCCACUGGACAUUUGACGAAAACACAUUGGGAACACUGGGAUCAUUGCGAGAUUCUUCAGGCUACAGUUAUGGACAAGGGUCAUCCUUUGCAGAUGCAUGUGCUCAGCCACGGCAAGUUCCAUUUGGAGCAUUUGGUUAUUCAAACUCUUGUCCAAGAAAAAAAAAAUACAGCUCGUAUUUUGGAGGAACGCAACACAGUGCACAAGUUCAACCAGCUGCGGUUACAGUGAAAGUUGCCUCUGAGGACUUCAUGGAACAAUUACCACCCCCACCUUCUAGAGAUAUCGGCAGUUCUCAACAUGAGGAGUCAAGUGGGAACAAAGUUAAAACAUUUGAACUACCUGGAAACUCAUUGCAGGCAAAAAAGAAAUCCUUCACUUCCACUUUUGUGACAGCAGCUAAAUUGGAUCCCUCAGAAAUGCCUGGACCAGAGGAUGACGAAGAGUUGAUGUACAAGCAGAGAGCCCAUAUCUACCACUUUGCAAGAAAAUUGGGCAUCUGGAAGGAAAGAGGGAUUGGUCAUGUAAAAUUACUUCGCCAUAAAGAUAUUGGUGCCUUGCGACUAGUCAUGCAACUGCAACAGGAAUCAAAAAUGGUUGCAAACCACAGCAUCACCAGUGACCUGAAACUGAACCCUCUGAAGUCCUCAGACCGGUCAUGGGUCUGGACCACCACCAAGUUCAAGUUCAAGACCUCAGAGCUUGCCAACGAGUUCAAGCGACAUCUGGAGGAACUUCAGGCUGCCAGGAAAUUGGAGGAGGAGGAAGAAAGAAAACAGCCACUUGUAUGGUCAAGUUUUCUUAACACCACAAUACGAGAGGAGGAUGAAGAUUUGAUGUACAAGCAGCAAGCUGCAUUCUGCUGUUUUGCCAGACACCAAGGCGUCUGGAAGGUAAUGGAAAAAGGGAACGGUGACGUCAAAAUACUACGCCUCAAAGACAGUGGAAGCUUGCGACUGAUCGUACAACACGAACAGGACUCAAAAAUAUGUUCGAGCCACUCAAUUUCCGCCCACAUGACGACAAACCUGAAGUCCUCUGACAGGUUGGUCUGGCGUUUCUUUGACUUAUCACCAUCAGCAGGGGAGGUUUCGUACUGGUACUUGUCAGUCAAGUUCAAAACCUCGGAGCUCGCCAAAGAGUUCAAGCGACGUCUGGAGGAACUCCAGGCUAUCAGGAAAGUGGAGGAAGAGGCUGCAUUUGCCAAAAGUUACCAGAAAAGUUUUACAUUUGGCAGUUCAAAGUCUUCAGACAGGUCGGGUACGUACAGCCAUUUACAAUUUGUUGCCGUGCUUUUUUGUACCAUUAAAAUCAAAUCAAAUAAUCAACUCGGGCAGUUUUAUGAUGUUCAUGAUGGUGAUGAAGAUGAUGUGAUCUUUAUAUCGGAGAAGACACCUACCCCUGAUCAGCGGGCCCGGGCUGAAGCACUCCUCCUCCCACCUACCUUCUUCCUCUGUGAGGAUGAGCCUCCAUGUCCCGGCUGCCGGGGAUGUGAUCCUGAGGAUCUAGCUGCAAGAGGAAAGAGUUCACCCACAUCUGUCAAGCCAGCAGCUGCCACUGUCUCGCAUUCACAAGGUCCAGUGUUCAGCACAGCCUCAGUUCAGCAGACAUUUGGUACUAUCGCCAGAACAACUACUGCAUCUGUCGCUAAGAAGACAUCAACCACAUGUGAUACCCAAGAGGGUAGCCAGCCCUCAUCAACUAUAUUUGGUGCUAGUGGAGCAUUGACUGUGACUAGUUUUGCUCAUAUCAAAACAGACAAACAAGGGACAAUUUCUGAAGGGACCUCUCCGCAAAUCGUUAGUUCAGCUUCAUCAGGAGGCGAUCUCAAAUUUGGUGGAGGUAAAGGUUUCAAAUUCGGCAGUUCUGAUGGUGCCAUCAAACUACCAUUUAAAUUUGGUGGAUCUCUCGCAUCGUCCAGUGCAACAUCCCUCUCAGGAGCAUUGAAAUUUGGAGCUACACAGCCUUUCACAGCCCCUACCACCAAGUUUAUGUUUGGGGGCGGCUUCCAGAAAUGUGAUUUUGGAGGAGCAGGUGACAAGGCUGCUGCACCGUUGACAGUAGUGCAGAACCCCAGCGCACUGACCCCUCAAAAAGCUGCAGUUCCUUUGACACCAGACAAACCAUCACUGGGUUUCAUCUUUGGGGCCAAGCCAGCUACAUCCACACAAACUACUACCAAGGAGGAAACACCCAUGGUCUUCUCUUUUGCAGACAUGGCCAAGUCCAAGGGCUCGACAUUCUCCUUUCAACUGGAUGUCAAUAAAUCGCCUGAGGUGAAUAAUUCUGAGAAGUCACCCAUCAAGCUUAGGUCCCCUGAUAUUGUCAGUUCGCCAGGCAAUCACAUCUAUUUUGAGCCUAUUGUUGAGCUGCCUGAAUGCACUGACCUUAAGACAGGGGAAGAGAAUGAGACAGUUAAAUUCAGCCACCGAGCAAAGCUCUACCGCUUUGACAAAGACUCCUCUCAGUGGAAAGAGCGCGGACUUGGGGACAUUAAGCUCCUAUUCAAUCCUGCCAACCUGAAAUACCGCAUUGUCAUGCGUCGGGAACAGGUCUUGAAGGUGUGCGCCAACCACUAUGUCACACCUGAACUCGAUCUCCAGUCCAACGCCGGCCCAACAAAAUCCUGGGUCUGGAUGGCUAUGGAUGCUUCAGAGGAACAGGUCCAAAUGGAACAGCUAGCUGUGAGGUUCAAAAUAGAGGAGACAGCUCUAGAGUUCAAGAAGGCAGUAGAUGCAGCCAAGCAGGAUAUUAAGAAAGAAGGGAAAGAACAAACCACAGAGGAGAAAGAACUGGAAAUUGACAAAGAGAAGGAAAACAACUUAGAAAUAGAUGAUGGGGGUCAAGCCACAAAUGAAGAGGAAGGAGAAGAAGAUCAAGGCAACAAUGCUGAAAUGAAGGCUUUUGUUGAACAGGAAGCUGAUGUUAACAAUGAUGAUUCCAAAAAUGUAGAUAAUGAUUGCAAAGCUGGUGUUGUUCAUAAUAUUGUCCUGGCCUCUGCUUCCGCAGCAGUUCAUGUAACUCCAGUCAAACCAUCAGCGGGGUUUGUCUAUGAGGACAAGCCAGCUACAUCCACACAAACCACUACCAAAGAGGAAACACUCAUGGGCUUCUCUUUUGCAGACAUGGCCAAGUCCAAGGGCUCGACGUUCGCCUUUCAUCUGGAUGUCAAUAAAUCGCCUGAGGUGAAUAAUUCUGAGAAGUCACCCAUCAAGCUUAGGUCCCCUGAUAUUGUCAGUUCGCCAGGCAAUCACAUCUAUUUUGAGCCUAUUGUUGAGCUGCCUGAAUGCACUGACCUUAAGACAGGGGAAGAGAAUGAGACAGUUAAAUUCAGCCACCGAGCAAAGCUCUACCGCUUUGACAAAGACUCCUCUCAGUGGAAAGAGCGCGGACUUGGGGACAUUAAGCUCCUAUACAGUCCUGCCAACCUGAAAUACCGCAUUGUCAUGCGCCGGGAACAGGUCUUGAAGGUGUGCGCCAACCACUAUGUCACACCUGAACUCGAUCUCCAGUGUUACGCUGGUUCAACAAAAUCCUGGGUCUGGAUGGCUAUGGAUGCCUCCGAGGAUGAGGUCCAAAUGGAACAGCUUGCCGUGAGGUUCAGAAGAGAAGAGACAACUCUUGAGUUCAAGAAGGCAGUAGAUGCAGCCAAGGAGGACAUUAAGAAAGAGGGGAAAGAACAGACAAAAGAGGAAGCAGGAAGAAAUUGCAAGCAGAACGAAAACAUCAAAGAGGAGGCUGGUGGUCAUGCCACAAAGGAAGUCGAUGGAGAAGAGGAUCAAGAUGACAGUGGUGUAUCGAAUAUACAAGAUGGACAGGAGGCUAAGGGGGAUGUUGACAAUGAUGAUGACGAUGAGGAUUAUGAAGACGUUGAUGAUGACGAUGAGGAUUAUGAAGACAUUGAUGAUGAAUAUGAUGAUGAGGACGACAUUGAUGAUGAUGAUGAUAAUGAUGAGGAUUAUGAAGACGCUGAGGAUGAAUAUGAUGAUGAGCAUGACGUUAAUGACGAUGAUGAAGACAAAGAUGAACAAGUCCAAGACAAAGAUGAACAAGUCCAAGACAAAGAUGAACAUGUCCAAGACAGAGAUGAACAAGUCGAAAACAAAGAUGAACAAGUCAAAGACAAAACUGAACAAGUCGAAGACAAAGAUGAACAAGUCGAAGACAAAGAUGAACAAGUCAAAGACAAAGAUGAACAAGUCAAAGACAAAGGUGAACAAAAUGAAGACAAAGAUGACAAACAAGUGCAAGAGAUAUCAACUGAAGGAGAUUCUGACCUGCCCAUUGUCGAAUCCUGCGAUCCAAACAUCUCAAAGGCCUUCUCGGAGCUCCUGCGCAGCGCCAAUGCCAGCCACGCCCAGAAGCCAAAGGUAGAAGAGGCGACGCCCACUUCUACAACAGAUUCCAUUAGCAAGGAAGUGGAUGCAACAGCAGCGGGUAGCAAAGAUGACAGUGUCUCCGAGGAGAGAGACGACAUCCACUUUGAACCGGUGGCCCAUCUACCAGAGCAGGUGGAGAAAGUUACCGGAGAGGAAGAUGAGAGCCAGCUCUUCUGCUCAAGGGCCAAGCUGUACCGCUAUGACAAGGCCACAACUCAGUGGAAGGACCGCGGUAUCGGGGAUAUCAAGAUUCUCCAUAACACCCAGACGAAAAAGUACAGGAUCAUCAUGAGGAGGGACCAGGUCUUAAGGGUUUGUGCUAACCACUACAUCACCAAGGAAAUGAGUCUGGCACCUACCGGGGGGUCAGAGAACUCCCUGGUGUGGCAGGCCAUGGACGCGGCGGACGGUGACCCACAGAUGGAGCAGCUGGGCGUCCGGUUCAAACUGGCCGGAACCACCCAGCGCUUCAAGGCCGUCUUUGAAGAGUGCCAGGCGGAAUUGAGAAAACAAACACAACAGAGGUGUCCUCAAACAGUUUAAAACUGGUUUCCUUUGGGGGCCCUGCAUGCAGUACCGCAUCCUUGGGUAUGUGAGCUUGUCUAAAUGGAUAGAUUAUAUUCUCAUUAAAACAUGUUUGUUAAAUUGAUUGAAAUAAAGCUUUAUAUUGACAUAACUGUAACUGAUUUACAUGCAAGUAGUUAUAAAAUCAAAAUCAAUGUGUCAAGUUCUUCAACAUAUAACAACACGCAGAUGUUUUGACUAACCGUUGAGGAUGAACUUGCACAUUUUAUUUUAAAUUUAUCUGUUUGUCUGGAAUUUUUCCAAGUCAUUAAAUCUUAUUUGUUUAAGAAUAGUGUGUACUCAAUUCUCGUGUGGUUUUAGAAUUGCACGCCCAAGACUAAUUUAAUGUCACACCCAUUUUCGGGGCCAACAAUUAAAGAAAUUUUGAACAUUACACUCUCAA